AAUGCAAUGUCACAAAUAAUACCGUUAGACGUUAACGUUCGGAUUUAUUUAUUUAUCCACGUGUCUCAUUCUCCCGCUCCGUCCAUCUAUCCGUUAACCCUACUCUCUCUCUCUCUCUCUCUGCAACUUCUUCUUCCUCCAUUGAAACAAACCGAAAAAUUCUUUCUUUCAUUUCUAAAUAAACAACAAAACAAGGAGAAAAUAGUAAAUACACAACAUUCAUUCAUUUUCAUUUUUCAUUUUUCUCACACAAUGGGAAAGUUACUAUGUGAUUCAACAACCGCCGCUGAACCAUUUCAAGGUUCACCAUCAGCAGCUCUUCCUUGGAUUGAUUCCAAAUCUCCCACACAAAUCGACUCCAUCGGAACCACCGUAGAUCUCGUCGUUCCGACUAAUCUUUCCAACGGCGCAUUCACCGCCGGCGGAGACGGAUGGGAAGAUGUUAUUGGAUUAGAAGAGCUUCAGAGACGUCAUCUUCAGAGACUUCACGCUAAGGGUGUUCUAUGGAAGCCACCGGAGAUGGAAGAUUCAUCUUCGUCGGAAUCAGAUCUCAGAUCUGUUGUUUUUCGACUUUCUCACGGCGGCGAGGUUUCUUCCGAUGGAAACUGUCUUUUCACUGCGUCAAGAAAGGCGAUGGCUGUUGAGGAUAUUGAUGCACGGCAAUUGAGGCGGAGGACGGUGGCGAGAUUCUUGGUUGAUUAUGGAUCUGUGAGUUUUGAAGAAGGUGAAGCGAUUGAUGAUGCAAUUCGGCAUAUGUAUUCACCGGAUCUGAGAUUUGGUUGGGGGAUUCAUGUUGUUCAGGAGGUGAAGUUGUUGGCGAAGAAAGAGGAUCGGUUUUCUCUUGAUUCUGCCAUUGAUGAACUCGUUCACCUCGGCAUGCAAAGAGAAAUGGCGGCGGAGUCUAUAUACAAAGAAAGAUGUAUUCCUGUGAAUGAUGGUCAAACUUGGGCUAAAUAUAUGUUGAUCUCUGGUUCUCCUGAUGAUGAAUAUGAUAUCAUCACUUUGCAAUAUACUGAGGAGGGUUUGUUAUCUGUAGAUGAGAAUAGAGAGGGUCGUGCUGCGGCUUUCGGGGAUGAUAUUGCAAUUGAGUGUCUUGCUACGGAGUUCAAGCGAGAGAUCUACGUGGUGCAAGCGCAUGGUUCAGAUGCCAUGGUUGAUGAAGAAAAUUGUGUCUUUUUCCUUCCGCAUCGUCCAAGGAGUGAAAUUGCAGAUCUUCCUUUCUUUCUUUUCAUGAAAGGAACAGGUUGGUGCGGUGCUGGAGCUGACCACUAUGAGCCCUUGAUCGCUUAUCCUUCUGCCGUUGUUUCCCAAGAAAAGGUUGCUGUGGUACUGUGAGUUUGAGGCUUCUCAGCCUGCAAUUUUGUGGAGUAGAGAUCGUGUAGAAUUAGAGUUUCUUUGAGCCUAUUUAUGGCCACUCUAGAAAUGUUUGGCCGCCAACAAUCUGGUUCUCCCAAAGACUAGAUUCCGUCCCAAAGAGAAUCUUAUUGUGUUGCAUUUCUUUUGUUACUGACAUUUAGAAUCAAUCAUCUUUGACUCUCUUGACAUUUGACAAGCAGGUUUUGCCUGCAGUUUGCGCGCUGCCUUUUAGAGAGUGUUGUAAUAGAUUUCACCGGCUUCUGUUUUGUUGUUCCUAUUAUUGAGUUGAUUAGAGAGAUUUUUUGUGCUGUUUAGGUAGUGUGUUGUUCAAAUUCAAAUUGAAGAGUUCUUGUACCUCAGUGAAUUUCGUCACAGUAAUGAAGUGGCUCAUUUUCUUGGUCUA